AUGGGAAGUUAUUAUGACAUUGAUGAUAUCAUUGCUGAGGAGGAGCCGGUUUCAGUUGUACUCCAACAGCCGGCAAAUGGAGUUGGGAUCGAUCCUAGUGCAGAGAAAAAUUGUGUUGACCAAGGAUCCAAAGUAGAGCUGCCCUUCUGGCUUGCUAAUGAGUUGUGCCAGAGAAAUGCAGUAUCAGUACUUGUUCCGGCAUGUUUUGAUGAAAAAACUAGACUGGAAAUCCAGGCUGAUCCUGCAUGUGUGGAUUUGAGAUCUCGAAGUCCAUAUUUUUAUGAAUUUGGCUGCAAGAUGGCGCCGAUUGUUGGUGAUAGGACCCUUGGAUUUCUGCUCUUCUCAGCAUUUAGAAGUAGAUAUAAAGAAUUACUGACGAAGGCACACACUGCAUCGUAUGUGGCAGCUCCGAAAAUUCUCUCCCGACUUACUAAAGAAGAAGUCAAUUUGUAUGAGGCAGCUCAAUCGUCAGUGGCUGCCUUUAAGAAGUGGCGUGUAGGUGGCCGGAGAUUUCAGCCCGCAUCUGUUCUAGGGAGGAAGAGGAGAUCAGACGAAUAAAUGGCGUAAUUUCUCAUUCAAAAACGCCACA